GAAACUUACAUGUAACUCAAAAAAAAAAAGUUGAAGGACUUUCACUUUUGGGAAGACGAUAAAUACUGGUGUCCAGCACUUCAAUUUUGAGUAAUCCAUCACUCCUUUGUUUGGCGAAUUGUAUUCAUCUUCAAGAAAAUGACAAGUUUAAUAAGGUUUUCGCUUUCCCAAAUCCUCUGCCUUUCCUUCAUGUUGUUACGGUUUCGAGUCCAAAGCUCCUCACCUUCUCAAUCUUUUCCCGAUUCAUCACCACAUUUGUGCCGUCCUGAAGAGCGUUCUGCAUUGCUUGAUUUCAAAAGCACUACUGAUUUGGUGGAAGACUGUGAAGUUAGUCGUGGUAUGAUACAAACUUGGAACGAGAGUGAAGACUGCUGCUCGUGGGAGGGCAUUACAUGCGACAAGGUGAAAGGUCACGUGAUUGGCCUUGAUCUUGGCAGGAAUUGUCUUGAAGCCAAUCUGACUACAAAUAGUAGUCUCUUCCACCUUGAGAAAUUGCAGAGUCUUGACCUUUCUCACAAUUAUUUUCAUUAUCCUAACAUCUCAUUUGGGUUCGGCCGUUUGAAGAGUUUGACGUAUCUUAAUCUUGCAGAUUCAGGAUACAUGGAUGACUCUCUUCUGUUUGAUGAGAUCUUUUCGCUAUCGAAAUUGGUUUCACUCGAUCUCUCUGAUACUUAUAGUUUGCUUCUUGAUAACAUAAAGUUUCAAAUGCUUGUGCAUAACUUAACAGAAUUAAGGUUUCUUAUCCUUGAUUCUGUGGAUAUGUCUCUGGUUGUGCCUUCUUCCUUGCUUAACUUGACUUCUUCCUUGGAGCAUUUGAGUCUUAGCCUUUGUAAUUUGCAAGGAAAGUUUCCAAACCAAGUUCUUCAGCUUCCAUCUCUCCAGCUUCUUGAUUUAAGCUACAAUUCUGUUGGAGGUAAUUUGACUCAGUCAAACCUGAGUAGUACCCUCCAGUAUUUGGAUCUUGAAGACACAAACUUCUUGGGAGAGUUGCCUCAUUCAAUUGGAAAUCUUAAACUCCUCCAAGAAUUGAAUCUUGGACCUAUUGAUCAUGUUGAGAUGCCCAAUCUCAUUUUACAAGAAGUCUAUUUGUCCAAUAAUGAGAUAAGUGGUUCAAUUCCUAGCUCCUUCUUUGAUCUUGUGCAUCUUACCAGAGUCGACCUUUCUUCAAAUAACUUAACUGGCACCAUUACACCCGACAUGCUUUCGAAGCUUGUAGACCUUAGGUAUCUUGAUCUUUCCAACAAUAGUUUGCUAUCUUUGAGCAAUAAUGGCACUGCUGUCAACUAUUCCUUUCCAAACCUCUGGUCUUUAAAAUUCUCUUCUUGCAACAUACAUAAGUUCCCCAGUUUCUUAAGGAAGGCAGAGAAAUUGCAAGAAUUGGAUAUUUCCAAGAACAAGAUUUCUGAUUCAUUUGGUUCUGGAUAUCUUGAAACUGUUGACCUCAGAUCCAACUUACUACAAGGAUCACUUCCUAUUCUAUCAAGAACUUGGGAUUCUAUGCAACAUCUCUUCAUUUCAAGGAAUAAUUUGACUGGUGAAAUCCCUUCUUCUUAUUGUAAUUUUACUUCUCUUACAGUUCUAGUCUUAGCUAAUAAUAGUUUGGGAGGAAAAAUUCCCAAAUGUCUUGGAAACUUGAGUGAUCUCAACAUCUUGGAUCUGCGGAUGAAUAAGUUCCAUGGUAGGAUUCCAAAUUUAUUUGUCAACAUCAGUUCCUUGUUUACUCUCAAUCUAAAUGGCAACCAGUUGGAAGGGAUACUUCCACGGUCUUUGGUUAAUUGCAAUAAGUUGGAAAUUUUAGAUGUGGGGAACAACAACUUGAAUGAUACCUUUCCACAUUGGUUAGGUGUUCUUCCAUCGCUAAAAGUUCUCAUCCUUCGAUCUAAUCAAUUUCAUGGUGCCAUUAGCAAUUCUAUGCCUACAUUUUACUUCCCUCAGCUGAGAAUCAUUGAUGUCGCACAGAAUGAUUUUAAGGGUCUCCUACCAAGUAACUAUUUCAAAUUUUUGAAAGGUAUGAGAGAUGUAGCUCCAGCUGAUAAAGUUGAAUUGGAAUACAUUAGUGACCAUAAGCAAUGUUUAAGAACUGAAGGUGGAGUUUGCCUAGCUCAUGGUAUUAUUUAUAAGGAUUCUGUGCAGGUAGUAAUGAAAGGGUUACUGGUGGAGCUUGCAAGGAUCUUGAAAAUUUUCACAACUAUAGAUUUCUCGAGCAAUCAAUUUCAUGGACCCAUUCCUGAUGAACUAGGAGAACUCAAUUCACUUUUAUUGCUAAACUUAUCUCACAAUAAUCUUACUGGUCAAAUCCCAUCAUCAUUGGGAAAAUUAGCAGAACUUGAGUCAUUAGAUCUCUCAUCAAACAAGCUUGAAGGUAGGAUUCCAGAGCAAUUGACAAAGCUGACGUUCCUAUCAGUUUUGAAUCUUUCACACAAUGAACUUGUGGGCCACAUACCUGAAGGGAAGCAGUUCAAUACUUUCUCAAAUGAUUCCUACAUUGGAAACUUUGGGUUGUGUGGAUUCCCAUUGAUAAAGAAAUGCAAAGAACCAAGACCACCUUCAUCACAAUUUGAUGAAGAAGAUGACUCUACAGCAGUCUUUGAGUGGAAGUUUGCAUUGGCAGGCUAUGGGUGUGGACUCGUGUUGGGACUUAGUUUGGGAUACAUUGCCUUCACUACAGGAAAACCAUGGUGGGUAGUGAAGAAAGUGGAGAAAUAUCAACAAAAAUUAGUUGGAAGGUGCAACCAAAUUCAUAAGCAGAGAAAAACCCAAAAAUCAAACCAACGCUCUUAAGUGAGUAAGUUUCUACAACUCUCUAUAAUAUUUGUGUUCUAUAUAAGUUCUAAACACUAGUGACUCUUAAUUUUUCUACUUUUGCUUUAUUUUAUAUAGGUGCAAGUAGGUGCGGUUGAUUUCCUACUUCAGGGAGAUUUGGCAACAGUUGCUUCUUAAGUUUGUUUCCAUCUUUUUCAUGUUCAUUGUUGAUAUAUGGUUGUAUUAACUUGUGCGGGAAUUAUGGUUAUGUAUGAGUUUGUAUUCAUUUCUUUUGGAUUUCUAUUUGCUUUGAAAGUAGUUGCUUAUGAAUUUUUUUUUUUUUGUGUAAUUUGUUUCUUUUGAUGUUAUUUACGUCUUCAUAUUUUCUUCUCUCUUCCUUUGUUUUGGCUAUCUUUGAAUGGUGCAUUUUAUUGAAGUGAAAUGUAAAAUUCUUUCAUUUUUGGACCCUCAAACGAUGUGGAAGCAAAGAUGCAUCUGAUGAAUCUUUGAUGACAACUAAGCAAUUUCAGUGAGGAUUGUUACUUAGGAGGGCUGGGUAGUUUUGCUUGGUGUUUUCCUUCUAUCUGGAGAUAUCAAUUUCUGUCUUAAGAGGGGAAAGCUGUAAUUUUCUCUAGGUGGAAUAAAUUAAUGUUUUUUUCCUUUACUACUUAAGAAUUUUAGAAAUUUUUAUGCUGCAUGUGCCAAGCUUGAGAUAAGAUGUUUCUAGCAUUAACAUAUGUAAGUUCUAGGUCUCAUUUGUAAACUUUCAUUUAAAUUCUGAGGUGUAUGCACUGUAUUCAUGGCUAGUUAGUGUAGGUCAUACCACAUAGAGUAGUGAUCAUUCAAUUUAAUUCUAUUUUGCUGAGAUAAAUUACAACUAUAAUAGUUGUUGUUCUUUCUAUGAACUCAUUAAUGGAUAUUUUUCUUACAAAUGAUAUAUCUUGCGAGCAUCCUACAAUUGAGUCUGUGGAGCUAAGAGAGAGAUGACCCAAGAUUACAUCCUCAGGAAAGGUUUCUGUUGUGAUGGUUGAAGUAUCCAAGGUGAUUGUGAUAUUGUGUGUUGUUGUCUAUUCAUCCUCGAUGCUAUUACUUUUUAAAUUUUAUUUGCCAUUUAGCCUUUAUGGGAUUAACACUCUUCUUUUAGCUGUCUUAAUUCUUAUUUUUUCUUUUUGAAAGCUUCUUGAAUAUUUUAUUGAUUUCAUCAUAGUUUCUCCUUUGACCCUUUUGGUGGAUCAUUGCAGAAAUGGGGAAAACUCACACUGUCACAGAGUGGUACAUUGUCUACCAUAACCAGUUCACUUGGCUAUAUAUUGUUGCUCUCAGACACUUGGGCACUUGUUAAUGCUACUGCAAAAGGUUUGUUAAGUCAAAAUCAUUUUGAAUAUCUUUAAACUAUGGAGCUAUCUUAACUAAAUAAUGGAUUUCACUUACUCUUUUAAGGAUAUGAUGACGCAAGCUGCAUGUUCUUGGAGAUGCUAAUCAAUAGAGGUUGUCUGGGUGUAGUUCCUCUUACUUUGAACCAACAAAGAAUGACCACUCACUACUACCUCAGAAGGAAAUUCUUUAGCUGCUUUCAUUGUCUGGCAACUUGGGCGAUCACCAUAAGAGACGAUGCUGUGAUCUUAGCUUUUAGGUAAGUUUGUUGUGUUUUGCAAUAAUAUAAUAUGCAGCUCAUUUCAUAUUAGAUCACAGCAAGAAUUUAUGCAUUUAUCUUGUAACUAAGAGUUCAAGACUGAGGUCUCUUGAAAGUUGAAAGAUGUAACUCUUUUAUCAAGAAUCUAAAUUGUUUCAUCAAGAAAACAGAAACAAUGUCUGAAGAUUAAAUUCCUAUAGCUAAU